UCGACCAAAAUGAUCAGCCUCAGAUACUUUGGGCCAUUAUCAGCUAGAAUUUCUGCUACACAAACAAUUCGCUUAAGUUCUACACAGGUCAAAUUGAAUCUUAUUGAAGAUGAAGUGCGACCCUUUAGUGAAAUUCCCCGACCCUCGAAAUUUCAAUUUAUGCGCAGCUUUAUGCCCGGCGGUGAAUUUCACAAUGCAUCGAUAAUCGAAUUCGCUAUGAAAAUGAGGGAACGCUAUGGUGAUGUAUUUAUACUGCCCGGAAUGUUUGGCCGCAAGGAUUGGGUGGUCACAUUUAAUACCAAGGAUAUUGAGACUAUCUUUCGUAGCGAAGGCAUUUGGCCACAUCGUGAGGGUUUGGAUUCAUUGAUUUAUUUUCGCACACAUGUUCGACCUGAUGUCUAUGGUGAUAGUAAAGGAUUAAUAGCCACGCAAUCAAGUGAAUGGGGUAAACUACGUUCGGCAGCCAAUCCGGUUUUUAUGCAACCCAGAGGUCUUAGAAUGUAUUACGAACCUUUGUCGAAUAUCAAUAAUGAGUUUAUUGAACGCAUUAAGGAGAUACGAGAUCCUGCAACUCUGGAAGUUCCUGAGAAUUUCUAUGAAGAACUAAGCCGCUUGAUAUUCGAAUCUUUGGCUCUGGUAGCAUUUGAUCGACAAAUGGGUAUAGUACGCAAACGUCGUGAUAAUCCUGAUGCGUUGACCCUGUUCCGUACAUCCAGAGAGAUAUUCCGUUUGACUUUCGAAUUGGAUAUACAACCUUCCAUGUGGAAAUAUGUAUCGACACCCACUUAUAGGAAAAUGAUGCGUGCUCUGACCGAAUCCUUGGACAUAGCCCAAAAGAUGUUGGAAGAGACACGCGUUGAAUUGGAGGAGCGACGCCAAAGAGGAGACCCUAUCAAUAGCCAAAGUAUGAUGGAAAGAUUAAUGGAAAUCGAUCCGAAAGUGGCAUUGAUUAUGGGCAUGGAUAUAUUGUUUGCUGGUGUUGAUGCCAGUGCCACAUUACUUUCAGCAUUGUUGCUAUGUCUGGCCAAGCAUCCAGAGAAACAGGUGAAAUUACGUGAGGAACUCUUUAAGGUAAUGCCCACCAAGGACUCGCUAUUGAAUGAGGAGACAAUGAAGGAUAUGCCCUAUUUAAGGGCUGUCAUUAAAGAGGCUCUAAGAUAUUAUCCAAAUGGUUUUGGCACCAUGAGAUCAUGUCCCAAUGAUGUUAAUCUAUCAGGCUAUCAGAUACCCAAAGAUACAACAGUUCUUCUAGCUGCAAAUGCCUUGAUGAAGGAUGAGACCUAUUAUCAUAGAGCAGAUGAAUUCCUGCCAGAAAGAUGGCUACGCGAUCCACAGACCAAUAAGAAAAUUCAAGUGAAUCCAUUUACUUUUCUGCCCUUUGGUUUUGGUCCUCGCAUGUGUAUAGGCAAGCGAGUCGUUGAUCUCGAAAUGGAAACUUCUUUGGCCAAAUUGAUACGCAAUUUCCAUGUGGAAUUCAAUUACGAUGCGUCCAAGCCAUAUAAAUCAUUCUUUGUCAUGGAGCCGGCUAUACCUUUCCGUUUCAAAUUCACCGACGUGAAGGACUAAAUCAAUUUCUGUCAAACAUUUCAUACUCUGAUGUAAAUACUUGUAUAUAUGUAUGUAUAUUUCUAUCAAUUUUUUUUAGUUGUUUGUUUUGUAUAUGUAUAUAAAUCAUAAUUGUGAUAAUACUUA